CCCCUCUAACCCUUUUAACAUUGGUGGGUUGUUGAUUUGUUGCUGCCGCCUUGCUCGCCGCUGGUAGACUGUGCACAAAUUCGUUAUCCCCUAACACGUCUACAUGACAAGUAUAUGCAUCUAAAGCCAUCUCUAUAUUCAUCUCCCGCGAAUAGAAGGUCAUAGUUCUUAUCUUUUUAGCCAAAAAAAAAAAAAACUGGAGUUGUGAGAACCCAUUCAUCGGAACCUGGAGAUGCCGGAGCGAGGGAAGUAGCCGGAACACUUAGAAGGACGCUUGCUCUGCCAACUUUGUUUGGCUGGAAGGGUGGAUUUUAUCUUCUCUGGUUUUUAGUUCUGUUGUCUGUUCUUUCAUCAGUGUACUGUUUGGAAGGCUGGAUCAAAAGGGUUCUUUGAGUUAAAUGGGGUCUGAUAAGUGAUGCCUUUCCGUUAUCUAAAGAAUUUUUUGGGUCAAUUUAGCAGAGCAUUUCAUUCUGCCGAGCAGGCAGGGCUCACUUUGCAAUUUGGAUGACUAUUAGAAAUGAUGGAUUAUUCAUUGGCUUACAGAAAUUUCUCUCACAGCAAUCUCAAAGUUCGAUUACCGUGCAGGCCUCUAACCGUCUCCAUCUAGGUCAUUUGCAUUUGACUUCUAUGGGGAACCAUCCGCAAAAUCAAGAUUAUGUGCAUUAUAACCAUACUAAUCCUUGCCAAUACACGAGAUGGACUGCUAGGGAAAGCUACCAAUUUAUGUAUGCAAGGCCUUGGCAACGAAUCAAUGAUUUUUAUUUGCAUGUUGUUCAAGGGAGCUCGUCUUUAUCAGCUCUGUUUGGAUCUGAAGUGGGUUGUUUUAUGAAGAUAAUUAAUGAUCAAAAUGAUACUCAAAUACCCAAACUUUCUGAUGAAACUAAGCUGGAAAGUUCUGCAUCUGAAGAUCGCUUUGGGAGGUGGGCAAGAAAAACAUUCAAAAUUGUUCUUUCAUAUCAUGGGGGCUCUUUUGAUGGGUGGCAAAAGCAACCAGGAUUGAAGACUGUCCAAAGCAUGGUAGAGGGAUCACUUGGGGAAUUUGUUGAUGAAAGGAAAGCGCAACUGCUUAAGGAUAAAGGUUUGCCCGUUGAAGGCUGUGCUGUUGUGGCUGGGCGUACAGACAAAGGUGUGACAGGCCUUUGGCAAGUUUGUUCUUUUUACACUUGGAGGAAGGAUGUUAAACCAAGAGAUAUUGAGGAUGCCAUCAAUCAUGCAGCACCAGGAAAACUUAGGGUCAUAUCUGUUUCUGAGGUAAUAUGCAGUGUAUCGCGCAUCUUUCAUCCUAACUUCUCUGCAAAAUGGAGGCAUUACCUGUAUAUUUUUCCGCUCACUGAUGGUGAGUACAGGGACCGAAGCAGUGGAGCUGGGUUCUGUGAGAAUGUUGAAUCUGAUGAUAUUCAUGAUUCCACUGGCAAGGAAUUUAAAAGUGAAAAGAAAUCUUAUGUUUUCAGUGUAAGAAAGGUGAAUCAGCUUUUACGACAAUUAGAAGGGAAGCUGUUAUCCUACAAGAUGUUUGCCCGUGACACAAAAGCUUCAAGAAAUGAUGGUCCACCAACAGAGUGCUUUCUUUUCCAUGCUCGAGCCAUGGAAACCAGAUUAUGUGCUACUGUUCAUGCAAAAGAGACAAGGGUUAUGUGCGUUGAGUUGGUUGCUAAUCGCUUUUUACGCAAGAUGGUUCGAGUGCUUGUAGCAACCUCAAUAAGAGAAGCUGCUGCUGGUGCAGAAGAUGACGCCUUAUUGAAGCUUAUGGAAGCCACAUGCCGGCGUGCAACUGCUCCUCCAGCACCGCCUGAUGGCUUAUGUCUUGUUAAUGUAGGAUAUGCAGAAUUCGAUCCGCAAAACUGCUUCAUUCAGAAAGAGUGAGGUGAUAGUUCAAUAUUGAAUCUUCCAGAGGAUGGAAAUGAAGAGAGUAUUAUGGUGAGGGACCAUUGAAAGAUCGUUUGCUUGUUGCAGGCGAACAAGAAACAUGAGAUUAAACUGAUGCAAGGAUCAGUUCGAGCUUGAUAGGCCAAGAAAUCCUGAGGGCAAGAGAAUAUGAAAUUUUGUUUCAUGUAAUCCAUGUUCAGUAGCAUGUGGAUUGGACUUUAUUUUGACAUUUGAGCCUUGUAAUGUAUUAGAAGUCAUUUAGAUUAAUUUUGAAUGGGCUGACCACUAAUUUAAUUUGAGACCAUAUGUUUAAUUGUU